CAGGCCCGAUGCUCCCGCGAGGGGAGGGUCCAUGCCUGGCCCCAGGAGGUGGCGGUGGUGGCCCUGGCCAAGCCCAUGUGGUAUCAGCUCCGUUUCUACUAGGCGGCCCAGGGCAACAUCCCAUUUCCGGAGAGGAGCUGGAGUCCACCCCAGGCCAGGGCGCUGAUCCACACCCCGGCUCUGACCCUCAGCCCGCAGCGCCCGCGAAGCAUGGGUGGUCCCCCAAGUCCAGAGGAGAGGCUGCCGCUGGUGCCCAGAGGUUGACUGGCCCGCACUAGGCCACCCCUUCUGGAGAAACAGGCCAUGUGGGGUUCCCAGGAGCUUCUGUUGCUGUGGUUUCUGGUGUUGGCAGCAGGUGGCAGUGUGCACACCUACCGGCCCAGCCGCAGGGUAUGUGCAGUUGGGACUGCCCAGGGCUCCAUCUCCCAGUCUUUCGUGCAGCGUGUGUACCAGCCCUUCCUCACCACCUGUGAUGGGUACCGGGCCUGCAGCACCUACCGGACCAUCUACCGGACUGUCUACCGCCGCCGUGGCCCUGGGCUGGGCCCCGCCAGGCCUCGCUAUGCCUGCUGCCCUGGCUGGAAGAGGACCAGUGGGCUCCCUGGGGCCUGUGCAGCAGCAAUAUGCCAGCCGCCGUGCGGGAACGGAGGGAGCUGUGUCCGGCCCGGCCACUGCCACUGCCCCGCAGGAUGGCAGGGCGACACCUGCCACACAGACGUGGAUGAGUGCAGCUCCAGCAGGGCUGGCUGUCCCCAGGGCUGCGUGAACACCGCGGGCAGUUACCAGUGCCAGUGCCAGGAGGGGCACCGUGUGUCUGCGGACGGGACACGCUGCCUGCCCACAGCAGGGCCCCCUAGGGUGGCCCUGAACCCUGUGACAGAAGCUGCAGCUGGUGCUGGCCCCGCUACAUGGCCUGGCCUUGCGGGCCCCAGAGCAUGGGCCACAGGAUCCCGGCAGCCUUCUGGCCCACUCCUUGCAGCAGCUAGACCGCAUCGACUCACUGAGCGAGCAGAUCUCCUUCCUGGAGGAGCAGCUGGGGUCCUGCUCCUGCAAGCAGCUAUGAUGGUCCUGUCUCGAGCCCACGGUUGGACCAAGCCCACAGCCACAGCCCUCCCGCCCUCUGGCCAGGACCCGUGCCACUCCUGGUGUGGGCUGUGAGCAGAAAGCCAGGAGUGCCUUGAUCCUGUUCUGUCCCUCAGGGGGCUCUGGGUGGGCCCCUUUUAGGCUCUCUGGCACCCGGGGGAAGGUACGAGGGCUCCCUGCCCAAGCUGGGAUAUGGGGCGCAGUGGGGGCGGGCCCGUCCCCAUCAGAAUAAACUGGAGACUCAAGCCUUGGCGUCAGUGGAUGGACUAGGCCUCCGCACAGCGGGCCGAGCUGGGGGCUUCAUCACCCCUCACCCUGUGUCCCUCAGUGGAGGCCUGGGCAGCCCCUGCCCACCCUGAGAGACCACAGCACAGCAGGUACUUCCUU